GUGGAAUAGCAACCAGAGCACGGACAUCCCGACGAAUGACUUGCCCAUGUACGCCGGCUGGCCCACUGCAGGACCGUCGGAUGACAAGCUCUUGCUCAAGAUGCGGACAGCGAAGUACAGUGGCCACGUGGAUUGGGUGUCUUGGACACGGGAAGCAGCUAAGCUGCCUCUGAACGUGUCUAGGCGACCCUCUGCCCAGGUGCCAACAUCAUCAUGGUGCAAGAACUACGGUUAUAUUGGAACAGAUGGCCAAAUCCACUGGCCCUCUCCGCAACAAAAUAUGCAUGCGGUGGUGCAGAUGGCCUGGGGCAAGGAGCCAGCAAAGCUCGCAGGCGAAAGCGGGGAAAAUGGCUUACAACGCUUCGGAUGCGCAUCUGAACCUUGGCAAGAGCUCGGAGUCGGAGCCUGGCCAGAGCGGCACGAGCCGCGAGCGUUUGGGCCCAAAACGACGACGGAGAAGCUGAAAGAGGGAGAAGAUCUCUGGGCUUUGCUACGCUGCGCGUACCUGUCUGGAGCGGGGAGUUUGAGAGACGUGAGUGGGCCAGAAGCUCCCGAACCUGAAGCACCGCAAGCACCCGAUCCCGACCUUGAGCUGGAUCGGGCUGCUCGAACAGUUCGGGAGAGGUUGCAGAGGCUGCUGCAGAAAACGGCCGAGGCAUCGAAGGCCCUCAGCCACCAGCCGACUCCCUGCUGCGGCCCAAUUGCGGACACCCAAACAAAACCGGGCGCAGAAUUCCCGCAACAUCCUAAGGCUCCUGAGGCUGCUGCCAGUCUGCUGCCAGGCUGCCGAAUGCAGACGAAUUCGCGGCAAAUGCACCUCCUCUGGCUCUGCGCGCUCAGACGACCGCGGAACAAAAGCAGUGCCCUCACAUAG